GAACAUCGCGAGCAUUUCACCAGGCUGUGUUGCAGAAACAGCGCAGGCCUUUUACUGUGUUGCAGAACCAUCGCGAAUAUCCAGCCAUGGAAAGAUAGAGCUGGAUCAUCGGAAGCAGUGCAGGCUGCAGGAGUCAUUUAAACCUUGAAAGAACCUUGAAAGAGAUGGAAAAGUUGUCUGUAACUGAUGUGGGGAGACUCUUGAGGGAAAACUGCUUUCCUGAAACAGUAGUUUCUGCAUUCAAAGAAAACCUAAUUGAUGGCAUUGCACUGCUUUAACUACCCAAUGACUUUGAGGAAUUUAAGCAUAUGUUGCCGCAGAGUGGAUUGAGGAUGGCACUCAAAUCUCUUCUUGAAAAGGAAAAUUGCUCCAUGAGUGGUACGAUACGUCAAAUGAGUGCCAGCUAUAAUCUGAUAGAGGAUUACAACAUGGGGGAUUUUGAGGACGAAGCUGUGGCCAACUAUCCUCUAGCAAUGCUGCCUGCAAGAAGUGAUGAAGCAGCUGAACCACCUGCUAAAAAGCCAUGGACAGAAGAGUACGAAGUGCUGGCAGCACCUACGAAGACCCUACCAACUCCUUGCCCACUGGUGCUGGCAGCACCUACGAAGACCCUACCAACUCCGUGCCCACUUCCACCAGUAUUCAGUGAGAGAGUAAACAGAGCAAUAAUAGCGAAACAAAUUUACGGAAAAGACAAACUAGCAUUAAUACGAGAAGCUUCCCUCUUCUAUUAUGGUCUUUGCCCGAAUCCGAAAGGAAAUCAGUACGACGAAAUGGCUAAGGUUUUGUGUAAUAGCUUUGAGCAGCUACGAAACAAGAUUGUAAUAUUAUUGAUGGAUGCUAUUGGCAUACAGUGAAGCAACAGGUUACUAUGUUCUUCUGAAAUCGGAGAAAGAGGUCAGUACCGUCAGCAAUCAAACCUCUCAAGACAGAAAAGGCGCACUUAGUGCAAAUAAUUGCAGCAAAGCCAGCUGAAGCCGCUCCUGGCCAAGACUCCGUUAUCAGUGUGGACGAAUGUGCAUGCGAUCGAAACCACGGUCGGUUGUGCGACCAAUUCACCAAGAAAGCGCCUAACAACGCAGCAAUUACACAGUUAAUAAGGGAGACGCACCAACAAAGAAGGAAGAGAAUUGGAGAUUCAGGUGACAAGAUGUCAAUUCUUCUUUUGACAUAUCCUUUCUUCACAAGAAAUCAAUGGGUGCUGUUGGAGUUCACGCUAAUGUGUGGGGAGGAAUCCAUCUCUCGAAUCAGAGAUUCUUGGACUAAGAUUGUUCCAACUCUGCUGCAGAUGGAUGGUGAAGUGCCCACUGACUCUGAAGAAACUCAGAGCUACAAGGCACUUCUGUUCAUUGACACACAACUCAGGCCCGCAGGAGUAGCCUCUAAAGCUGCAGCUGCUUUUACUUUGUAUCAAGUCGGGACUGAUAUUGAGGAAGUGACAGCUGAAAAGACCUUUCCAGAGCCAAGGCUUGCAAUUUUUGCUGACAAGAGCAUGAAUGGCAUGCAAGCGUUCAUCCUUGGUGAAGGAAAGGUUCUCUUUGAAGUAUUGGGCGACAGUGUCAUUGACUCGGUUAUCAGCUUGUUUGCAACAUACUACGCCUUCUAUGUCAGUUACCCCAAGCCAUCACCUGCCUCUGGUCUCCUUCUCUUCAUACAGGAAGUGUUGAUGGGUGUGAAAGAGACAUCUGUAAAAAAAACAGUGAGGUAUACUCAUCAUUCAUAAACUUGCUAGAUCAACAUUAGUUACCCCAACUGUACAUUUACUGUUACCAAGUUAUUACCGAGUUAGUUACCGACUGUAUCAAUUAUGAUUAUGUUAUAUUCAGUUUUACUUGAUAUUUAUGUAUAAUUUAUGUAUAAUAUUUAUGUAUAAUUCUGGCGUUUCUUUUGUGUAUUUUUAUUUAUAUGGUCAUAUUCUUGUAACCGUGACGUUUUAAAAUGACAUACCUCUGUUCGACACACCAAAAGUUACAGCAUGUUUCAGUUUUGACACAGUAAAAAUGACAUAUAUUAAUUUGACACCCGUGUUAGUGUGUUAAUUUUUGGGAAAGCAGUUUGACACGCGUUUGCAUGCCAAAUUGACACCUUUCAUUUAUGUGUGUGGUUGUUGUGGGGUUGGGAAAUUUUGUUGCACAGUCUGGUUUGGUGAUGAUGUGUGAUUUGAUUAUAAUGAUUUGUCUGGUCAGGAGUGCAUUCAUUCAAGGUCUGGUAUUAAGAUGAUAAUAAUGAUCUGAAUUAAUUGGUGGUGUUCGCUGUUGAAUUGAUUUGUUGUUGUGGGAAUUUCUCAUCUCUUCUCUGCACAGCACAAACAGCUAUGGGUGUAAUUUUGUUGUCUGGUGUUAUAAUUAUGUAUUGUGUGUGUAUUGAUAAUACUAGGCUGAUGGUUGUCAGCUGUGGUGGUGAUU